AUGCCGCUCAAGUCUAUCGCGAGGUGUUCCGUCUCAAAGCGGUGGGCCUUCGUACUCCGCCGUCCUGACUUCACGGAGCUGUUCUUCACCAGAUCCCUGGCUCGCACGCUGCUAUUGUUGGCCCGCAUUAAAGAGGAAGAGGUGAUCUUCUUCUCCACACCUCAGCCUCAAAAUUUGGGUGAGAAUGUGUCUCUUGAGCACGGCUACUAUUUAUCGAAUAUUAUCAAUGGAUUUUUCUGUAUAAGCCAUUAUCGGGUCUUAGAGGGAAGAAAAUUCAACCCUAGCACAAAACAAUCCUUCCCUCUACCCAAAAUGAAGAAGACAAGAGAGAUGGCUGAUAUGAGAAGAUUUUUUGGGUACGAUCCAGUUGAGAUACAACACAAGGCGUUGUCAGUGACAAUGCUAGAUGAUAACAGUGUUGUGGACCAUUAG